AAUUGGUUUUACUGUAAACUUCUAAACCCAUUAUCCAAGCCAAGCCCAAUACUCUUACCUUGACCCAAUACCUUAAAAAAUCAAACUCGGAGCUCAGGAAGAACGAACCAGCGAAAAGGCUUAGCAAAUUGUGGAAUUGAGAAUGUCGACUAUCGAGGUGACUAACGAUAUUAACGAUGGAGCUCACAACGAUCACAACGUCCAUGUCAAUGAUGACACUAUCUAUGGGGAUGUCACCCAUGAUGAUCCCUAUGACGAUCAACCUAUCGAAGAUCACAAAGAAAGGAUGGAACGAUUAGAAACCGUUAGCACGAUGUUAGCUGAAUUAAUCAAAGAUUCUCAGAAAAAGAAAUCGACAAAUGCGAACGAAAAUGCGUCAAUGUUCAAGAAGUUUUCACCCCUGAACCCACCAUCUUAUGAUGGCAAGCCCGACCCUGUAGAAUUCGAGGAUUGGAUUAACCGCAUAGAUCAGUUGUUUGAAACCUUGCAAUGUCCUAAGGAAUGGAGAGUCGAUUUCGCCGUGUUUUACUUAACGGGUCAAGCAAGUUUAUGGUGGAAAGUUAAUAAGGAAAGGAAGAAUGAGCCUAGAUUUAGUUGGACCGAACUGCAAAAGUUAUUAAGAGACAAGUUUUAUCCACCAUCCCUGAGGAAACAAAAGGAAGACGAGUUUUUACACUUGCAACAAGGAACAAUGAGUGUUAUGGAAUAUGCAAACAAGUUCAUGGAAUUGUCAAGAUUUGCACCGGAGCUGGUAUCGACAGAACAAUCUAGGAUGAACCGUUUUGAGCGAGGUCUUCAUUUGAAAUACCAAGAUAGGUUGGCAACUCAAAGGUUUACUUCCUAUCAAGAUAUGGUUGAUAUUGCAGUUAAUGUCGAACGAGUUGUAUUACUACGAGAAGCACAAAAUGUUGGUGAUAAAAGGAAGAAUGAUAAUCAAAACAAUGAAGGAGCUAAAAGGCCAAACCAAGGAAACCAUAAUUAUAGAAGAGACCAAGGUCACAAUGAUAGAGCAUCUCGUAAGGUAUGGUGUGCUAAGUGUGGAAAGAGAAACCAUACCGAAAGUGAAUGUCGUGCAGGAACAAAGACAUGUUAUCGAUGUGGAGGAAAAGAUCAUUUUGUAAGAGACUGCCCUAAACCACCUCCCACGGAUGUUGGAAGAGCAACCUCGAUCAAUCAUGAACGAAACAACAACAAUGCUAGGGUUGAUCAUGAUCCACCACGACCACCAAUAUCUGGAAAAGCUUACAUGAUGAGAGCUGACAAGGAAGAAGAAGAUGACGCCAACGCUGAUACUAUUUCAAUUUAGUUCUUAUGUACGUUUGAACCUAAGUUUCCUGUUUUAGAUUUGAAUCAUGUCAUAGAUAUUUUGUCAAGGACAUGUUAUGAAAUGUUUAAGGAUCAUUAAUGUCCUCAAGGAAGUUUAUGAAAGAAUUAA